AGUCAAUAAAAAACAAAGAUGAUCCAUGUAAAAAACAAAGUUGAUAUACGGUUUAAUUGCACCGAAUGCACAUAUAGAAAAUAGAAGACUCUUUGUACCAAAAAAUGAGAGAAAGUAGUGGAUUCUACAUCAUCUGUGGGACCCUAUAUUGAUUGUUGAAAAAUAAGUCAUAUAUGUCCAAAAAUAAAAAAGAAGAGAUUUUCUAAUUUUAAGGAGAGAAAAACAGUUGUCUUCUCUUUAUCUUUCUUUCGUACAUAUCUCUGUCUCAUCUUAUCUCCGCAUUUUCAUCAUGCUUCUGUCUCUUCUACACACUUGAAGGUUACGAUUUCAUGGUGGUUGGCCCUAAAUUUAGUAGGGAUGACUACAGUUCAAUCCUGCAACUGCGAAAGAGAGGGGAUUGAAUUCAGUAGAAGAGAUUCUCUAAUUUUAAGGAGAGAAAAACAACUGUCUUCUCUUUAUCUUUCUUUUUGUACAUACUUCUGCCAUAUCUAUUUUAUCUUUGCAUUUUCAUCAUGCUCCUUUCUCUUUUACACACUUGAAGGUUACCAUUUCCUACCUACUAAAUUUAAGGAAUUCAUUUCCCUCAACUAAAAAUAGUCCAAAUCAAAUAACCAGGGGACUUUUGCUUAUAAAAAAAAAAAAAAAAAGUCCAUACUAGUAAAAAAAAUAAAAUAAUAAGACUCCAUACUAGCUUAUAAAAAUAAAUAAAAAAAGAAGACUCCAUACUAGUAAAAAAAAAAAAACUCUAUUAUUUAAUGAUAUAUAUCAACCAACAAUAAAUGAGUAAAAUUAAUGGCAAAUAAUUUCAAAGGGAUCAAUCUAAUCUUUAAUUAAAAAAUGUAGGGCUUUCUUAAUUUAUCUAUCACUCUUCAACCGAGUUUAUAUAUGUUUGCAUGCAAUGUGAAUGGCUUAUUUACUCAUAAUCUAAGAUUUUAAAUAUGCAAUAAUUUUUCAAUUAAAUUAGUUAUUAAUUACUUAUCAUGUACAUGUGUAUCACUUCUUCCCUUCAUGGUUUUGCAGGUGCUUCAUUGGUGAUAGCCAAGAACAGGAAAAAUAUCUUGGACUGGUAUUUUACAAUGCAAAUUCUGAACUAGUGGAAGCAGGCUAUGACAUGCAAUUUAUAAACUGGACAAAAGAUGUGAAUAGAUAUAUGGAAAGUUUGUCACAUUUAUCUUUCAAUGGAAAUGAUUUGAAUCACUCUAGCAUGGCAGAAGGCCUAGCAGAGGCUCUAGUGAUGUAUCCAAAACCAUGUGAUACAAUGACAGAAAAAGAAUACUACAAUGAUGAAAGACAUUGUAUUCUAGUUGCUCUGGGUGAUCCUGUUCCUAAGAAAAUUCCGGUGUGUGUGCCGAUGAUUAAAAGAGCUCAACUUAUUGGCCAAAGAUUACAGGCUUGUAAUGCUGACUUUCUCGAGGUGGCCCAAAAGUGUGUUCCGCUAGCUGUCUCCCUGUCAGUGAUAACUCCUAAUCCAGUUCCAAUUUUUGGAGCCAUAUUUAAUAUGGGAAAUAAUGUAUUAACAUUAUCAAAUGCUCCAAUCUCUAGCUAUAGCAUUGGCCAAUUCACAGUUUUAUUAUCAAAAAACUUUAAAGAGGCACAUAAUGCACUUAAUGGAAAAACAAUGGUGGAAUUUCCUUCAACAACACCUAUUGAAUCAAUUAAUGCAGGAGCAGAUACAACAAUCUUCAAUGUUCUUAAUCUCCAAGAACAACAAGUCUCCUCCGUGGCGGCAUCUGAGGCAAUGAUCGGAGAACAAAUUCACGAAGUUAGCAAUGCUGUAAUGCCGGAUACUGUAAGCACCGCACAACCUCAUGAUUCCUCAGCAUUGAUUUUCUCGACAGAUCUGGAGAAUGUUGCAUCCCCGAGCUCUGAAAUUCGAAUAAACCUAUUUGAUGAUAUCAUGACAGAUUUUCCACCUAACAAAAGAUCAAAAUCAUUUGUAACAGAAACUGAGCUGCUAAACCUUUUAGAACUCGAAGAAAACACUUUUGGCAGUAUCAACGAUUACCUUGGGCAAGAUCAAGGAGUAUCAACCGAAAACCAAAUUUCAGCCGAAGAAGCUCUAAAAGGGUAUGAAAAUGAGCUGGGAGAAGCUCUAAAUGUUGCUCCAAUAAUUGCAUCAAAUGAUCAAACUUUCAAUGUUGAGUUGACCGCAAGUUCAUCUCAGAACAUAAACAUUCCACCCGAACAAGUACAAGUUCCUGCACCUGAACAAGUACAAGUUCCUGUUUCGAAUACAGGUGAAGGGUCGUCAACAGGAUUACUUCAUGGAAACGCUUUAGAAUCAUGGUAUAAUCCACAAGCCAUGAUGAAUACAUCAACAUUGGCUUUUCGAAACUUUCCGACGAGUGUUUCCAAUGGCAAUUCCACAUUUUCUAGUAUAACGGGGAACUCUCAAAUGUUACUUCAACAAAACUCAUCACUGGGGAACUUACCGAUGCAACAUCAACAAAACUCAUCACUGCAACUUCAACAAAAUUCAUCACUGGGGAACUUACCAAUGCAAUUUCAACCAAACUCAUCGCUGGGGAACUCCCCGAUGCAAUUUCAACAAAACUCACCGCUGGGGAACUUGCCGAUGCAAUUUCAACAAAACUCACCGCUGGGGAACUCGCCGAUGCAAUUUCAGCAAAACUCACCGCCGGGGAACUCGCCGAUGCAAUUUCAACAAAAUUCAUUGCUGGAGAGCUUACACACACAGCUUCAACAAAACUCAUCAUUGGGGAACUCACAGAUGCAAUUUCAACAAAAUUCAUCCCUGGGGAACUCACUGAUGCAAUUUCAACAAAAUUCAUCGCUGGGGAACUUACAGAUUCAACAACUUCAGCAAAGCUCACCACAAACUCAGUUUUCAAUGUUUCUUGAUUAUUCUAGAGGGUUAAUGGGGAACUUUGCGGGGGAUCCUAUUGGACAACAUUUGGAAUCGUACAACCAGUAUCUGAGGAAUAAUAAUAUCGUCGGGUACAAUCCACCUGCAUUUGGAGAAAACGGUUGGCUUCGUGCCAUACCAAGCUAUUCUUUGCCGUAUCUGAGCUCAAAUUUGAUUGUCCCGUCCAUCGCUGAGUUACCAAACUACAUACAUACUUGGGAGGGAAAUGUAGCGGGAAAAAUUAAUUCUAGUCGCUUUACUGUCAUGAAAGCAAAGGCCUACAGGAAAACAACAGCACCAAUCACGCUUACUUUUAGGUGGGGUAAUAGAUUGGAGAUUAGCCAUUUUAUGCCUCAAAAGGCUGUCAACCAUACCAAGAGGGUGUUUAAUGGCAGAUUUUCCGAGCCCCUGGCUUAUGUUUUCUUCCAUGUGCUGAAGUACAACAGUGUUGAUUUGUACAACCAUUUGAGAAACAAAUAUUUGGGUGCAAGAAUUGAUCUACAAUACCAAACAAUAAUCCUGACUCCAGCUGAAAGAGAACACUACUAUGUUGGAACAAUUUUCCCUGGGGUGAGUAUAACAUUCCAUAUUGUACCUAACCUUAUAGCUUUUCUUAGAAGUUCUCUUUUGAAUAUUGAUCUACAUGUCUGCGAAUUUUCGUUACUUAUUUCAAUACAUAUAAUCUAAUUAAUCAAUAAAUGACAGGACACAUUGUUUAUAGAACCAUCAUCGUAAGACAUGUAAGACAUCAAGGAGAGCAUAAUCAGUCCUUUUUGUUUUAUUAUGUGAUGAAGCUGGUGUAAGUGCUUGUAAGACAUGAACGAGAUGGUCGUUUUCUAUGUAUGUACAUUAUGUUUCUACAACUGUGUUUAAGUACAUUAUGUUUCUACAGCUGGUAUAAGUACAUUAUGUUUCUACAGCUGGUGUAAGUACAUGUAAGCCAUCAAGAAGAUGGUAGUUUUAUGUCUAAAUAAAUGUUUCUAAAAACAUGUGAUUAGAAACAUGAAGAUUAUCGUUUUAAA